GUGAGACUGUUUCUUGUCUUUCUUCUUCUCUCCUCAGGACCAUCUCCACUCUUCCUCUUCCUCUUCCUCUUCCUCAGCCGACUGGUGAUGGAGCCGUGUGGAAGAAACUUCCCCAUCGCACCGCUGCAUCUACGCCUCUCAUCUUCAGAAGAAUCUGAGGGUGAAGGAAAGGAAGUGAGGAGACGAGAGUGAGUAGACGACAUGUCCACCGACGAGGAGCCCACGGUCACUGUGAAGCGGCUGCAGCUGCUGCUGCUCGCCACCUACUGGGGGAUGCAGAUCUGGGUCACCUUCAUUUCAAGCUUCGUAAUGGACAACCACCUGAACCGACACACCUACGGGUUCAUCCAGAGUCGCCUCGUCCCGUUCUACCUCCACCUGGGCUCGGCCUGCGCCUUCUUCAACCUCGCCAUCUACGCCGUGUACCACCCCAGCGACACGCUGGACGACCGGGAAGCCUUCCAGAUCUUCAUCUUCUUCGUGUCGGUGACGGUGGCGGCCGUGAACGCCCAGUGGUUCGGCCAGAUGACGUCAGAGAUCAUGGCCGACAUGCACCUGGUGGAGCAGGCGUGCGGCCUGGGCCAGGACAUCGGGCUGUCGUCGAACCGCGAGGCGUACGCCAAACUGUGCGACACGGACGCCAAGUACCGGCGUCUGAACGGCCGGCUGCGUCUCUACCGGCUGCUGUCCGCCCUCUGCAACCUGUGCUGCGUCGGCUGCAACGCGUACAGCCUCUGCUACAUGGCGGAGAACCUCAGCCGGCUGUGAGGGAACGGCCCGGCGCCCCGCCACUCUUCUUAGAAAUCAAAAAAAAGUGUAAAAAAAUGAAUAAAACGAAGCGAAGUGGUAAGUUAUGUAUAUUUAAUACUUUUUAAGUCUGUAACAGUUGUGAGAUCACAAAGACAGGUACGCCUCACCUUUCACCCACUGAGGGACGUUGAGCACCGCGUGUUUUGGGAAGCAGCGACUCGUGUUUUUAAAGACAACAGAACCGAGGGGAGCGGCUCGGUCCGGCUCGCCCGGUCUGGGCGCAGCCUUCGGGAAAUACUUUGACUCGCGGGUUGGUCCGGCUCACCUGGAGGCGGCUGCAGGUGUCGUUAGUUCUUCGGGCUGCGAGGCGUGAAGGGUUCAAACACGGAGGUGAAGAGCGAGAGAAAAUCCUUUUCGUUUGAAGAACGGGUAACUGACCAGAGCGUUAAAAGAUUUACUCAGUUUGAGUUCAAGUACGUACAGCGUGAAGCCAAAUAUAUAUAUAUAUAAUAAAUAUAUUUAUAUAUAUGUUUAAGUUGUGAUUUUGCUGGAGUUUUGUUUUCCGCGUAGUUCCCUCUGUCUCUCUCUCCAUUCAUUCUGUGUCUCUCCAUGUCUGUUUCUAUGUCUGUCUCUCUCUCUCCAUUCUUUCUGUUUCUCUGUGUCUCUCUCUGUCUGUUUCUCUUUCUCUGUCUGUCUCUCUCCAUUCUUUCUCUGUCUCGCUCUCUCUCUCUUUCUAUUUCACAUGAAUACCACCUAUAGUAAAUCAGAGGCUGAAUAUUUACUUGGCCUCUGUUUCUUUUCUUUCCGUUUGUUCCUGUGCCAAAGACGUUGAGAUAUCACCAGCUUUGAAAACUGAGCACGUCCUUUUUUUUUUUUAUUGUACACGGGCCAGUCGAAAAGAAAUUCUAAAAUCCAAUGCAAAUUAUUUUACGGAUAUUUAUAUGUAUUAAAACAUGUUUUUGAAAUAUCUUGA